AUGAGAGGUGGCCCACGUAGUUUGGAGGAGUUCUUCUACCAUAAGCUCAUGCAGAGCCCUGCUUUCCAUCGCUUCGUUCGGCGCAUAUAUUACAAAGUUAACGGCUUAACAGAUACAUCUACGGCAAGACCUUCACAAAAUUUGGGAACAUAUCAUCCUUCAACCAUACAAAAGUUCAACGCUUACAGAAUAUUGUUUUGGGAUGAGAUACGAAGCACGUUCGGGUUAUCGAGAAAGUUUAAAAAUAAUUUUAAACCCUAA